CGAUUUUUGGUAGGACUUAUAUUCUUUCAGCUCCCUGCGUUGGAAAUAAGAAGCUUGUAAGGCUUUGCCACAAAGUCAACAUGUCCAACUUCCAAAAAGAUUGCGUCGAUGUGCACAACGAGCUCCGCGCCAAGCACCAGGCCCCUAAGGUGACGUGGUCUGCUCAGCUGGCCGCGGAUGCGCAGGUCUGGGCUAACCAUAUCGCCAAGAAUGGUAGGCUAGAGCACUCGAGCGCAGACUCACGGCCAGGCCAGGGCGAAAACCUAUACAUGUGCUCUCCCAGUGAGAUCAACGCGGGGGACAUCGUGGACGAGUGGUAUUCAGAAAUCAGCAAGUACAAGUUUGACAAGCCUGGCUGGCAGAGUGGGACUGGGCACUUCACCCAAGUCGUGUGGAAGGGCACUAAGGAAGUCGCCAUGGCGAGUGCCGAAGGGGCUGAUGGGAGUGUCUUUGUGGUUGGGCGCUAUAAGCCUGCUGGGAAUGUUCUAUCGCAGUUUGCCGAGAACGUGCUCCCCAAGAAGUAAAGUCUAGUUCUCGUGGCGUCAUUAAAGUUCAUGUUAAGAAGAAAUUUAAUACUGGUACUACUAGUGUUUUGAACUGUUAAGAAUAUAAUAAUAAUGAAUUUGAACAGUUAAGAGUACAAUGCACUGAAUUAAAAAAUAUUUAAAAAACA